UCUCUUGCCUCCUCCAAAUAUUCUUGCACCAGUGGAUUUGUCAGUCUUUCUUUCUUUCUCUCUCUACCUUCAUUUCAUCUAAGAAGAAAAUUGGAUUUCUUUUGAUUUAUUUAAGGGAAGUGGCAAAACCAAAGAAAAGAUAGAAAACAAAACAAAAGGAAGGAGAAGAGAGAGAGAGCGAGGGGAUGAGCACAUCCUCUGUUUUCCCUUACUAACUAUUAUUCCUCCUCCUCCUCAUCCUCUUCCUCCUCCUUUUCUUAGAUCUUAGUUUCCAAAUCCCUCAUUCCUUUUUUUCUCAUCUCGAUCCUCCGAAUUCCUGAUUUCCCAUCUCUGAUUCUCUCUCUCGCAUCCGAUGGUUCGAGGUUGAAUCUGUUUUUUUUUUAAUCUCUUUUUUGUGUUCGAAGCGCCAGUCGGAUUCUGUCUGAAUUUCCAAAAAAAAAAAGGAUGGAAUCGGAUCUUGGCAAGCUCUUCAUUGGCGGAAUUUCGUGGGACACUGAUGAAGAACGUCUCAGGGAAUAUUUCGGCAACUAUGGGGAAGUGGUGGAGGCGGUGAUCAUGAGGGAUCGCGCCACCGGCCGCGCUCGUGGCUUUGGUUUCGUUGUCUUCGCAGAUCCUGCUGUUGCCGAAAGAGUCAUUUUGGAGAAACACGUCAUCGACGGCCGCACUGUUGAAGCUAAGAAGGCUGUUCCAAAGGAUGAUCAGAACAUAUUGAACAGAAAUGCUGGCAGCAUUCAUGGUUCGCCUAGCUCGGGGCGCACGAAAAAGAUUUUCGUGGGAGGUUUAGCAUCGACGGUCACGGAGGCUGACUUUCAGAAGUAUUUUGACCAGUUUGGCACAAUCACUGAUGUUGUUGUUAUGUAUGAUCACAGCACCCAGAGGCCAAGAGGUUUUGGCUUCAUUACUUACGACUCGGAGGAGGCGGUCGAUCGAGUGCUGCACAAAACCUUUCAUGAACUCAAUGGAAAGAUGGUUGAGGUAAAGAGAGCAAUCCCAAAAGAGCUAACCCCAGGGCCCAACCGGAGCCCUCUCGUAGGAUAUAACUAUGGUAUGAGUAGAGCUAGUGGUUUUCUUAACAAUUAUACUCAAGGCUAUAAUAUGAGUCCUCUCGGAGGUUAUGGAGUCCGGGCAGAUGGUAGGUUGAGUCCAAUUAUUAGCAGUCGAACUGGGGUUCCUCAUUUUGGUGCUGCUAAUUAUGGAGUGGGUAUGAAUUUGGAGCAAGGGCUGAGGCAAGGCUAUGGUAGGACUGUGAACAUUAUGAAUACUCAAGCACAGGAACAAAUGUUGAAUUCCUAUUAUAAUGGCAAUUCGAAUAGGUACAUUACCCCGAUUGGCUACAGCGGGGGCAAUGGAAGAGACGAUUCUCCCUUAAGCUCGAGUACAUGGAAUGUCUGGGGAAAUGGGAGUAUGACCACUCCCAUGAACACGCCUGGCCCUGGCUCUUUCUCUGGCUCUGGAUCGGGGAGUUUUAGAGUGGCAUACGGAAAUAAUGAUGACAACUGGAUUUCUGCUGCUGCUGCUAAUCAUGUUGGAGGGAAUGCGCCUGGCUAUACUUGUGCAAGCAAUGGUUACGGAAUUGGAGACAACGGCUUUGGGUUCAGAGGAGGAGGCUAUGGAAGAAAUGGAGUCCCGAGUGCAGCGACAAGAAAAGCAUUUGCUGAAACAACCGAAGGUUAUGAGAGGUCGUAUAGGGACUUGUAUCGUGAUGAAGCAGUGCACGACGAUUCAACUUGGCAGUCUACAGCUCCUGAACUGGAUGGUUCUGUGUCUUUUGGUUAUGGUCUUGGUAACCUUGCUUCAGAUGAUCCAGCCAGAAGUUCUGAGAGUUUUCUGGCAAGUUAUGAUGUUUCAAACAGACAGUCAACUAGAGGAAUUGCUGCAUAGAAGAUUGUUGUUUGGCUUUCCAACACGAUUGGAGUUGCAUAUAGUGCAAUGAAUCGAACAUACGAAGGAAGAAGGAUUCGUGAUUUUUAUACCGCUCGCUUGAGUUGAUGAGCUAAAAAAGGGAAGGGAAGGGGAAUACUGAUCUCAUAACUUUUGACUUGGUUCCUCGAUCAGAAGCAGAAGCAGGAGCAGACAUAUUUUUCAAAAGAAAGGUGAGAACCGAAAUUCGAGCAUUGUAAUUUUCUUUUGCAUUUGGUUUUUGUUUAACAUAAGACAUAGGAUUGUUUUGUUGGCAUUUGAUUGAGGUGUAAAACAAACCAGAUUGGCAGAUAGAUACUCCAGCAGAAGAGUGAUUUUCCAAUUAUUUUUAUCAUGCAUUCAUCUCCAGUGAGGCAUGGGCCGCAUGGCAGUAGUAAUAUCAUAUCAUUAAAUGGGAAAACAGAUGAUUUAUUUUUUCCUAUA